AUGUCGGCGGGCUCGUCUGCCUCGUCUGCUGCUGCUCGUGCGAAUCCCGGCUUACCAGCAUCCUCACUGAACGAGUCUGAGGCCGCGUCUUUGCUGCGGAGCGAUUCAGGCGCAAGUCGGCUAAGUCGCCCGCCGAACGCCCCAAGAGCAGAUAUCGCACACGCUGCAACACCGCCUGCCCAGACCGCUGCGGCGCUGGCGGACCAGACGCUCCCUCAGCUGGGAGGCGACGCGGCUCACCCCAUCGCAAGGUUGCGACAACUCGCUCUCUUGCAGUCUCUCGUCGCACGUCAGACGGCAGCCUUGGGCGGCAGCGUCGCGCCUGUCUCCCCGGGGCGCAAACACGGCGGCCCGUUGCCGCACCCUCAUCCCCUCGACGGCAGCCUCUACCCUUCCCUAUCCUCCCUAGACCAGCAGCCGUCGCCGGCCCAUCCACUCCUUCCUCUACAAGGCGUCGACGCGACGAUGAGCGGUUUUGGACCAAUUCCGCAACCUAAUAUCUUCGGCCUCAACGAGCUCCGUCGAGACUCGCUGGGCGACUCGUCGAUCACAGCGGACGAGCUCGCCGCCGCACAAGCCUCGCUCGACCUGUGGACCUCGACGGUGUUCAACAGCGCCUCGCCGUUGGGAUCGCCGCUCGGGACGCCAUCCGCCUAUCCGUUCGACCAAACCAGCGCAGCAUUGGGUGCACUCGGAGGUCUUCCUUCAUCCUCCAGCGCCUCGCCGUACCUUGACUGGUCUGCUCUCUACCCUCAAGGUAGUCAGCCUUCACCGCCUUCCUCCGCCGCCUUUUCGCUUCCUCCCAUCUCCACCCUCGUCCCGCAAGUCAACCACCUCCCUUUAGCUUCACCACACGACCGCCCCUCUCUCGACCGCUCACUCUCAUCUUUCACUGGCUCGCUCUCGAUCGACUCGCCCUCGACCCGCGCCGUCCCCUUUCUCCCGCCUGUCGAGAACUCCGCUCCAGCUUCGCGCUCCAGCUCGCCCACCCAGCGCUCUCAGCUCUCCUCGUCCCAAGGGGCAACGCCCACCCGACGCAGUAGCCGCGCAAACGCCGGAGCGCGCGGUCGAGCCGCUCUUGCGGAAGCUGCGGACUUGGGCGAGGAAGGCGGACGGGAGACUCGCGCUGGAUCGCUGAGCGGAAGCGAGGAGGGAAGUUUGAGGAGGGGCUCGACGGGUCCGAGUAAGCCGAAGGAGUUGAUGACGCCCGAGGAGAUUGAGGACGACAAGCGGAGGAGGAAUACCGAGGCGAGCGCACGCUUUCGAGCGAAGAAGAAGCUUCGAGACGCCGAGUUGCAGCAGACGAGCGCACAGCUUCGCGAACGACUCGCAACUCUCGAGAAAGAGAAGGACUCGCUCACGAAUGAAAAUCGAUGGCUCAGGGAUAUUGUCGCUGAGAAGGCCGAGGUCAACCCGCGAGUGCUAGAUGCGUUGCGGUAUCAGGCGAGCGGUGGGUCGGCGGCGUUUCGGUAG